ACUUGGCUUGAUACUAAUUGAAAAUGCGUCAUCUACUUCAAGUCAUCCAUUGGUUGCUUCUGCUGCUCGCUCUGGUGUCACCAAAUAACUUCACCAAAUGCUAUCAUCCUUACUAUCGCAACACUGCUACCAAGAAAUGCGAAAAGUUCAAGGCUAUCGUAAGCAAAUUGGGUGACUUGCAGCCCACGAUCCUAGUAAAAGCUCAAUGUGCUGAUGGUUUCGUCUGGCAGAAGGCAGUAAUGUCAUGCGUUUUGCCAUGCCCGAAGAAGGGCUGCAACCAUCGUGUGAUGGACACACUGCCUAAACCCCAAAAGCAAUGCCCUAUCCUGCAUUAUCUGGACUUGCUGACCAACAAGUGUAUAAAAAUAGUACCACCUCCUACAAUUACUAUAAAGAAGUUUGUCAAUCGUUUUUAAAAUAUAGCAUCGAUGAUAUUUUAAGUUUUGAAAAAAUAUCAAUAUGAUAUUUGAUAUGCAACUUUUAAAAAAUCGAUAUAUCAAUA